AAACAUGUUUCCACAGUAUUCAUCAAUUGUCAUCGUUGAUACAGUACAUACCAAAGAUUGAAUCGAAAGUAUAUAUAUGUGUAUUUAGAGUCCUGGACUCUGUUUAACUACAGAAGCCCCGACCACCAGUCCGAUUGACCAGGCGCACCGUCUGGUCCACCCACCAUAAUGUUUAAGCUUACUUAUACACAGCUUUACGCUCAUGUACCAUCGUAUAAAAACAACCGCUCUACUUGGUCUUUCCGCAAUGGCUGAGACUAGGGUUUCAUUGGUGGCGGUAGCACGACAUGAGCGAGCGCAGCGAAGCCAGCACAACCGCCGGCGAACAAGCGUCCCCAUAGACGAGAUCCAUGGCGCAGCGCCGGAAGAGCGUCUCCUCCGUGCCGUUUGCUUCGGCGAGCGCUGGGAGGGGAUAAUGGCAGUAGUGAGCUCGGUCUCUGUUCUGUCCCUCGCGUCGCUGAGGCCUCUUUCGUUGAGGUGUGCUGCUAGGAAUGUGUUGGAGGGAGGAGGGAGAAGGGCUUCGAGUCCCCUACUCCUCGCGAGGUAUGGGCUGCGGCGCGGACGCCCGGCUGCUGCUGCUGUGGGCGGCGAAGUGGAGUUGGCCCUCGAAGAUGCAGAUGCCACGAUGAGGGUGGCCGCCGACGACGACAGCAUCACGGCCACGGUGGUGUCCGUGCUGCUCACACUUGCGUUCGUCGGUCUCUCCAUCCUCACCCUCGGGGUGCGUGAUCACCAGUCGGUGCAAGACUUCUUGCAUAAGAGGGAAAAGGAGAAGUUUGAGAAGGAGGAGGCCGAAAAGCAGAAAGAGGAGGCGAGGAAGAAGAGGGCUAAGUCCUGGCAGAAGAGAAGAAAUUAUUGAUCUCGGGAUGAACUACCCCCCACCAAUGUGACCAUUUCUUCUUCUUUUCCACCCUGUUUCUUGUAAUAGCAAUGAUUUUGUAUGUAGCGUUGCACCUUUGGUAUCACAUUGUGGCUUUCCUUCACUCCAUUGCCGGCUCUUGGAUGCUGUAACACUGAACUCCAUUGUCGGAUCCAUUGCCCGAGGUUGUGCUCACGCCAUCAGUUUUGGAGUCUCUUGGAUGCUGUAACACUGAACUCCAUUGUCGGCUCCAUUGCCGAGGUUGUUCUCACGCCAUCAGUUUUGGAGUCCGGAGGAGGGAGGAAAAGCAGGGUAGCCAGAAUCUCUGUUGGCGUCGCCUGUUUCAUUGUGUUCAUGAUGAUCCUUUCAGUAAUAGGCCUUUUUAGGAAGUAAAGGAAACGUUUGUGCUCUGGUUUCUGCAA